GGAGCAUCUGGAUUGUUCCUAGGAUGAGUCGGUAGGUGAAAUAAUAAAGAUGGAGAGCAAUCGUGAUGAAGCUGAGAAAUGCCUAGAAAUUGCAAAGAGAUGUCUGCGUUCGGGGCAUAGAGAUAAAGCCAAACGAUUUCUUGAAAAGGCUUUGCGCCUUUUCCCAUUAAAAGAUGCCAGUGGUUUAUUAGAAGCUCUAGAAAAGAAUGGAAGUUCACCUGCUGGUAGUGGAGAAGAAAAUGAGAGGCACUCAAGGAAAAGAACAAAAUCUGAAGGAAAAUCAUCAGCUGGACCUGAAGAUGAUGAUUAUACUAAAGAACAAGCUGAUGCAGUUAGCAGGAUACGAAAAUGCAAAGAUUUUUAUGAAAUCUUAAAUGUGUCCAAAAAUGCAGAUGAAGCAGAGCUGAAAAAGAGCUACAGGAAACUUGCAUUGCAGUUUCAUCCUGACAAAAACAAGGCUCCAGGUGCAACUGAAGCAUUCAAACGAAUUGGAACUGCAUUUGCAGUGCUGAGUGACCCAGAUAAGAAGAGGCGAUAUGAAGAGUAUGGAGAAACCCUUGGGCCUGCUCAGAGGCACACUAGACAUUACAGUGACGUUGAAAGGGAGUUUGAAGAUAUUUCACCCGAAGAUAUUUUCAACAUGUUCUUUGGCGGUGGAUUUCCUACAGGUCGUGUUUACGUUCACCGGAGAAACCGAAACAAUCAGCACCAUCACGCUCAUUUUCAUAGUCGAGAAGAGCAGAAUGUUCCUGCCUAUUAUCCGAUUAUGCAGUUGCUUCCGAUUUUCAUCCUAGUCGCGUUCUCUCUGUUUAGUAGUCUAUUAGUUCAAGACCCUCCCUACAGUUUUCAUCAGAAUGGAAAUUACAUUCACCCAAAAGUGACAAACAGAUAUCGAAUACAAUAUUUUGUACAGAAAACGUUUUCGAAUUCCUACUACGGUGAUAGCUUAGAACAGUUGGAAAGACGCAUAGAAAGAGAUUAUAUUGAAAAAGUUCAAAUAAAUUGUUUCAAAGAACGCCAGUAUAAACAAGAGAUGCUGUAUCAAGCGAGGGUUUGGGGCAACCAUGAAAUGCUGCGAAAGGCGGAGAAUUUGGAAAUGCGUUCUUGCAAGCAAUUGGAGGACCUUGUCGCACAAUAAUUUGUCGAAGACGGAGAGAGAACAAGGCUGGAAGGCCCUUUUCAUUGCAGCUGGUUAAUUAUAGCUGCGGUGAUUCUGCGCCGUGUGAACAUAUUUGUGAAGCACUGCAGAGUCAUAUGAAAUGAUAACGUCUCGUCCCAAUAAAUCUACGAAUCGGUUCGCCCUUUCGCGUGUUUGGUAACCAACUUUGGUACUCUCCAUAUUGCUUAUUUUCGUACGAUGUUUUGUGUACAUUUAACAACAAAUUUGAAGAAUUUUUAAAGGUUCGGUUGACCGUGUAUAGCAAUGAGACAGGCAGAAAAUUCUUAAGUAUUUCCAGCUGAACGAUAAAGCUGUCUAUGCUAUGGGUCGCAUUUUCAAUGAAGGUUAUUAUUGUAUAAAAACUCAAUCUUGAAUUCUAAAGAUCUUUAUAACAUGAAUAUUGCAAUAUGACUGAGCGAGAAGUCAACAAUGAGGAAAAAAUAUCUUGCCGAUCAACUAUUGUCAAUACAUGCAAAAACAGAGCAUUAUUUAGACUCCCGUCCCCAAUUUAGCUAGUAUUAUUUAGAAUUCUAGGGAGUUUAUAAUGACAUGCUUUUAAGUUGAAUUAUUGCGCGAAGAAUCUUGAGUUUCGUCUUUGGUUUAAAGCCUUGGUUUCUUUUGUCACUUUUUUCCUAGGUCACGUCAGCUCCACCCGCUCGGAAUUCUUCUCCACAUACCCUACCCCCAAAACGAUGUACGCCUUCUCGAUAUGCCCCCUCCUUGUUCACUGAUCCUCAAAAUGCCUGACCAAAGAGUAUUAAAAUAUCGUCAAAAUUGUCAAAAUACUGCAGAUCAUGAAAGAGAUCAUCCUGGCCGUGAUAUGCUCGUAUUUCAAUUUUCAAAGCCGUAUAUGUUUUCGUAAACCUUGCAUCCAUUUGCUUUGUUUACUAGGGCACAUCACGUGCUUUUAAAGCCGCGACAUCUGCAACUGAAAAUUUUUACAAUCGAGACCUGUUCUGAUGUGAUUGUUGUGAUAGAAAAAUUUACUGUACCAGAGCAUCCAAUUUGAGAUCUUUUUUGAGAUUGCUGCGAAACAACAAAAUCUAAAUCGAUGCGUUAAGCAAUAUUGUCAAUUAUGUAAAAAGGACAGGAACCUUCCUUCUCACUCAUCUUCAAUGAAAUUAUAAACGUUUUAGAAAUUAAUUUACUUAAAUUUUGUUUAAUAAGUGAAAAUUUCAAUGUUCAAUUGUAGUGUUGUAAUGCUCAAUAAAGGUUGCCUUUGUUGUAAAGUCUAUUUUGUUGCUCUGAUAAACCGGAAGUAAACACAUACUACUGGACCCCUCGCGUAACAAGUGAUGUUUAGAACUAAUAUGUCCAUUUAAAUUUCUACAAAAAAAAGAUAUUUUUUUCGGACUCAUUGCAAUAGUUUCAACCAAUACUUAUUGAUAGAUUAAACUCAGAUCGGUACUUCAGGUACAGGGUAAGAAUGAGAACGAUUUAUUGUUUAGGCUCAAAUUCUAAUUCCAAUAGAGGAUUAUCCAACUUCAAUAAUCGUAACGUUAAUUUUAGUUUCCAACUUCAAUCCGUUCUUAUUCAAUGCCUAAUCUAAUCUCAUUCAAUCCACUCUCUAUGGCAUAUUUCAACGUGUAUUUUAAGUGACAAGAACCACUGUUGAGGCGUACACCCUACCAUGCAAUUCUUACAUUGCUUAACAUAGCUUUAUACUUUACUUAACUGUUUUUAUCACCCCUAUCAUGGGAAUUGCUUGAAACUGAUACUUCUACAUUGACGUUUGUAUAUUGGCCAAUCAGGGCGUGACCUGAAAGUCCGAUUCUCAAUUGGGCUGGCACACAAGAAGUGUACCUAACAAUCUGUCAUAAAGUUCAUUUACAGCUAAUACACCAAUUCGACUUACGGCCUCAUUUUGAAAAAUUCUCCAAAUUCUUUUAUACAAAAUUUUUGACCUCAGAUUCUGAUUGAGAGCAAUGAUUUUAAUCUACUUUGAAGUUUUCAUUCUGGUAUUGCUGACGAUAUUGAUUUUAUAACGACAUAAAAUUUUAUAAGGAAUUAGACCGUGAUUGGCAACUAGGGGGGUAAAGUUUCCCCUCGAAACGAUUUUUGCGGUCAAAUCCCUUACAAGUUUUCAAACUUGAUUUCUCCGUAAAAUCUAAAAUAUAAGCUCAAACAAUGUGAAAAAUUGUAUUCGGCCUAAAAUCAUGGCAAUAAAAUCACAUCUGAGCUUAAAAAAGUCGUAUAAUUAAGUUUGGAGAAAUUUCCAAAACGAGGUCGUAAGUCUAAUUGGUGUAUUUAAGACUAAAGCUAGCUGAACUUGCCUCUCGGCUAUUCUAAUUCCAAUCUGGAAUUUGAUUGUCACGGAUUUAAAAAGGGUAUUUUUUAAGUCACAGAUAGUAGACAUAAUCUAAUUGACAUGAAUAGAUUAACAUUUACUGAUUGCAGAAGCCAUUAAUAUGUAAAAUUCAAACUAGAUAUUCUUGGUAAGGAUUAUUUAUGUGUUUGCCUUGGAGUAGAACAUUAGGCAUUGUCUUUGUUGUUUAGUAAGUCUAAUUGUAAAUAAUUAAUUCCCGUGAGAUCAAAGACAACUUGCAUUAGCACAGGAUAUUAACACAAGAAUUAUCUGUUUGAGAAAAUUUUAGCCAUUACCAGACUGGCAAUCUUAAAAUAAGCCAUAAAUAGUGGGUGACGAGCGGAUCCGCGUUUGCCUGUCUUCUGUCUUUAGCGCUAUAACUUUUAGGCCCGGUGGGUAGUUUUUCCAUUACAGUCCCUGCCGAUAUAUUCUAUGAAGAAGCAAUCAUUAAUUAUUGAUUAGAAACAGGGGGAGGUAAGGUUUAUACAUAUUUAUGGAGACGGUGGUCGACACUGAUUUUGUUUUGACGUCAUAAGGACUGGGCCGAGGGCUGGAUUUGAAUUAAGCGCGGGAAAAUUCAUUCUAUCAAAAUUUGGAAAAAUGGCUGCAGGUGUGUUACUUUUUUAUUUUUAGCUAACACAGACGAAAAAAAUAGAAAGCAAAGCCAUGUAAAUAAAAUGGAAGUAGCUGAGAUAGUCUCGUUUACUUUGUUCUUUGAUAAAGGGUAAUUGUGUCGUUUGAAUAACUGUUAUUAAAUUGCGCAUGUUGUGUAAACUAGGCCGAAGGAAAAAUAAGUCAGAAUGCAGUUGAACUAGAUAUCUAGAUCCAAGUAAAAUAAUUUGCCAUGAGACAAAAAGUCGCUUAUUAUUCUAGAAUUCUGCUGUUCCAAAGGUGACUGUUUGAAUGGUUUGUUGUCAAAUUCCUGAAAUUAUAUUCAAUAUAAAUAAUAUAUAGACCGUUUUUCUUUGCUUAAGUUUGUUUCAGGCUCUUAGUUUUAAUUUCCAUAUUUCUACACAUAUCAAACUUAAUUGCUUUUGUAUUCCUGAUACAGGUCUCUUCAUUUUACUUCAGUGUCUUUUUUGCUUUGGUUUUUAAUGUAAUUUGAAAUUUUAGCCAAAUUCAGCUGAUCAAUUUGCAAAUUCAUUAUAACUAAGUAUUGUGCCUCUCAUUAAAACUUGAUCAUAUUUUUCAGU